UUAUCUGAAGUUCAUGGUGCGGUGCGCGUCUCCACUCGUUUCGAAUGGGCGGUGGUGCUUGAAUAUGUGAUUUAAUCGGAAGAUGUGUCUGGUUUUGUGUAAUUUAAUUACAAAGUGUUUUUGUGCUGUUGAUCGGAUGUUGCGGUAGGAUUGCCAUGUCCAGGCUUGUGGACUAUUUUGUCAUAGUGGGCUUCGACCAUGAGAAAGAACGUCCAGGAGGCGGGCUCAGUAACGGCGUCAUUCUUCAACGCUUUCCCGAAACCAAUUGGGAGGACACGCCAUUUCACGACGGCAUAGAAUGGUUCUGUCAACCGCAAGGAUGGGCACUAUCGACGGAGCGUUCGGAGCCUCGCUUCUACGUGUCGGUUCUGACGGACGUGGACGCGAACAGGCACUACUGCGCCUGUCUCUGCUUCAACGAGACCGUGGCCAUAACGCCUACAAAGCCAGCAGACGAGGACGAAGAGUCACUGGACUCGAGCCGGCCGGUCCCGAACAUAACCCACCACAGCAUCAUGUACGCGCCCAAGUGUCUGGUCAUCGUUUCGCGGCAAGACUACAUCGAUACAUUUCGGAAUUGCCUCGGCAUAAUCUACACGGUGUGGGUUGAGAACCUGGGCGUGCCACUGGAGACACUAGUCGGUAACCUGCUGGGCUGCGUAUUGGUACCCCCGCCCGGGGGCCCGCAGGUUCGCUUCAGUAUCGGAGCCGGUGACCGGCAGGCGUUGCAGCCGCCCGCGGCGCCGCCUAUGCCGGUCACGCAUAACGCGGUGUACAUGCUGUUGAGAUUAUUAGGGAUUCACAAUUCGGUGACACUGUGGUGUGCGGUGAUGAGCGAACACAAAGUGUUGCUAGUUUCGUUAGCCGCAGCGCGAUUAUCAGCAGCUUGCAGGGCGCUCGCAGCUCUCAUGUUCCCUUUCAGAUACGCUCAUGUAUACAUACCACUCUUACCGGCCGGCUUAGCAGAAGUUUUGGCGACACCCACGCCUUUUCUUAUUGGGGUCCAUUCGAGCUUGAAAGACGAGGUAUCCGAGUUGCUGGAUGUCAUAGUGGCAGAUCUCGACGUAGGAUCGCUCCACAUACCGGCGAGUGUGAACAUCCCUCGUCCAGAAGGGAAACUCCUGUCCUCCCUUCAGGAUUCUUUGGCCCUAGUGCUUCAGCCCGAGUUGAAGUCAGCAGACUCGGCCUUCGCCCCUCCACCUCCAUCCUCGUCCCCACCACACAUGUUGGAUAAGGAGAUCAGAGCGGUGUUCAUGAGGACGUUAGCUAAAUUGUUACAGGGUUACAGACACUGCCUCACAAUAAUAAGGAUCCACCCGGCACCCGUGCUAACAUUCCACAAAGCUGGUUUUUUAGGCGCCAGGGGCCUAUCCCAGUGUCCCUUUGCAGUCAGACUGCUCGAUUCAAUGUUCUUUAACGGUCUGGUCGCUGAACGAGGACCCCCCUGGAGACCGACGGAUAUUUGGGACGAAUUAGUGCAAAACCUACCCGAACAACUCCGAUUAGAAUCUUUAAACCCAGAGUUGGAACUACAGCACUUACAGGAUCUUGCUAUGCAGCUACAUCUCAAUGAAAAUCCUAAUCCACAGGUAUUUCAAUAUCGCGUGCUGCGGCCGCCGGAGGGCGCGUCGGCGCGCAUCCACCAGCCGCCGCUGCCGCCGCUGGACGCGCCGCGCGUCGCCGCCGUCAUCCAGGACGUCGCCGCGAGGAACGCCGCCAACACCCGAUUAUCUGCAAUGCGGUUACCAGCGCCCAGGAUCAUCCCGCCUGGGGCUCCUCCCACCGGUGCCGCAGAACACACGCAGUUAAUAGUCACUAAUUCUGCUAGACGACUUGAGGUGCUGCGCUCCUGCAUAGCCGCGACGUUCGAGUGCCGCUACGCCGACGCGCGCAAGUCGCUCCCCGGCGUGGUGCGCGCGCUGCGGGCGGCGGGCGCGCGCGCGGCGCUGGUGCGCGACCUGGCGGCGCGCCUGCCCGCCAACAAGCACCUGCUGCAGCACCACCAGUUCGAGCUCGUCGUGCGGCUCAUGAACUGCACCCUUCAGUCCACGACCGCGCUGGACGAACACUCCAUAGCAGCCGCUAUACUGCCGCUAGCCACCGCCUACUGCCGAAAGCUGUGCACGGGUGUCAUUCAGUACGCCUACAUGUGUAUACAGGAGCACCAGGUGUGGACGAGCCAGCAGUUCUGGGAGGCGGCCUUCUAUCAGGACGUACAGCGAGAUAUCAAAGCGCUGUACCUGCCCAGCCCUACACACCACCACCGCGUGCCCAGUCCCAGGGAGGAUGACGAGUACAUAUCGUUACUGAAAGCACAAGAGCCGAGCGCGCUGGAGAUCGCUGCGGAACAGAUGCGUCUGUGGUCCAGUUUGCCGGCUGAGAAACAGCGUGAGUUGACCGCGAGUGAAGAGUCAACGCUGUACAGUCAGGCCAUCCACUACGCCAACCGCAUGGUGUACCUGCUUCUGCCGCUAGAGGGCGCCGGCCGGCGAGCUGAGGCGAGGGACGAUGAUCGCAUCAGCAACAGCAUCACCAACAGCGUCGCAGAGUCAGACAGUGCGGACGCAGAGUCUGGUUUCGAAGAGGCAGAUCCGGGGGAAGCUGGCAAUAAUGUGAUAAAAAUGGUCUCAAGAUUUGUUGAUAAGGUGUGUACGGAGGGCGGCGUGUCGGCGGAGCACGUGCGCUGCCUGCACCAGAUGGUGCCGGGCGUGGUGCACAUGCACCUCGAGGCGCUGGACGCCGUCGCGCGGGAGAGCCGCCGCCUGCCGCCCGUGCACAAGCCGCGGCUGGCGUGGCCGGCGCUGGUGGGCGGCGAGGCGGGCGCGGCGCCGGCGCUGCGCGCGCUGCUGCUGGCGGACGGGCGCGGCGCCGCGCUGCCGCAGCUGCUGCCGGCCGAGGGCGCGCUGUUCCUCACCAACUACCGCCUGCUGUUCAAGGGCGUGCCGCUCGACCCCUACGCAUGCGAGGCCACAGUGGUGCGCUCGUUCCCGCUGAGCGCACUGACGCGUGAGAAGGGCGUCCGCGCUGCGCACGCGCAGUUCGAGCACACGCUACACGACGGGCUGCAGCUGCGCGCCGCUACCUUCCAGCUGAUUAAGGUGGCCCUGGACGAGGAGGUGAGCAGCGAGCAGGCGGAGGCGUUCCGCAAGGCCGUGGCGCGUCUGCGGCACCCGCAGCACCCGCUCAUGCACUUCGCGCUGGCGCCGCGCGCGCCGCCGCCCGCCGACCUGGCGCCGCCCAAGCACCACACGCUCAAAGGUUUUGCCAAAAAGACCCUAUUGAAGACAGCUCGACGGGCAGGCUUGAAGCCGAAACCCUCAAAGAGACAGAAGUACGUCCUGCCAUCUUCAGAUGCGCGUUCCCUCACCUCGCCUCCUCUGAUGUCCUCGUUAUCGGCUGAUACACUGUCAUUGGAAGAGCUGGAGCUGGGCGGGGGCCCGCCGGAGGGCGCGGAGGGCGCCCACGCGCGCUCGCUGGAGCGCGUGCGCGAGCGCGUGUACGCGCGCGACUGGGCGCGCCUGGGGCUCGCCGCGCCGCCCUUCCGGCUGUCGCACGCCAACGCGCUCUACACGCUGUGUCGCAGCUACCCGGCGGUAAUAGCGGUGCCAGAAAGCGUAUCGGACGAAUCCCUGAGGCGGACGGCGAGAUGCUACCGACAGGGCCGCGUGCCCGUGCUCACGUGGCGCCACCCCCGCACCAGGGCGCUGCUGGCCAGAUCAGCCGCGUCUCAUCACAAAGGCGUGAUGGGAAUGCUUAAAUCGUCCAGUCACCAAACACCCGUAACGACGCAGAGUGGAACUGAAACUACCUCCAGUAUAGAACAAGAGAGGUACCUGUCGGCGCUGGUGUCGCUGACGCCGGCGCGGCGCGGCUCGUUGGACGACUCCAGCCUCAGCCUGGACUCGCUGCUGCUGUGCUGCGACGACACGCCGCACAACCACACGCCGCUGCUCAGCAAGGCAGCCGGCACGCUGGGGGUGCUGGGGCGUGGCAGCGGCGGCAAGGGCGCGGGCGGCGCGGUGCGGCACUUCGGGCGCUGGGGCUCGCUGAAGGACCGGCGCCAGCCCGGCCUCAUGGACGGGGGCCCGCCGCGCGCGCGCCUGUCGGCCGUCGACCUGGACUGCGUUUCCGGCGAGGGCGGGCCGCGGCGCGCGGCGCUGUACGUGCUGGCGGAGAAGGGCGCGGGCGGCGGCGCGGCGGGGGUGGAGCCCGUGCCGCUGGACUACCCCGACGCGCGCGCCACCAAGCACGCCUUCAAGAAGCUGCUGCGCGCCGCCGCGCCCUCCGCGCCCGCCGCGCCCGGCGCCCCCGAGCCCGGCUUCCUCAGUUUGGUGGAAGAGUCCGGUUGGCUGUGGCAGCUGAGGCAGUUGUUUCAACUUUCCGGCGCGGUGGUCGACCUGUUAGACGUACAGGGAUCUUCCGUACUGCUGUCGUUGGAGGACGGCUGGGAUGUUACUGCACAGAUAUCGUCGCUAGCGCAGAUCUGCCUCGACCCGUACUACCGAACGUUGGAGGGGUUCCGCAUCCUGGUAGAAAAGGAGUGGCUGGCCUUGGGGCACAAGUUCCAGCAGCGUUCUAACCUGGCUGCUACGCCGCAGCAGGGCUUCACACCUACUUUCCUCAUGUUCCUCGACGCCGUGCAUCAGCUCCAGAAGCAGUUUCCGCUCGCAUUCGAGUUCAACGACUACUACCUGCGCUUCGUGGCGUACCACUGCGUGUCGUGUCGCUUCCGGACCUUCCUGCUGGAUAGCGAGGCGCAGCGGGCCGAGCUGGGCCUGGCGCCCGACGAGCGGCGCGCGGACGCCUCGAGGAUGGGCGUGGAAACGGGCGGUACGGGGGUGGGUGGCGCUGAGGGUGAAGAGGCGCGCUCGGCGUUAGGGCUCUUUGAGUACGUGGAGCGUCUUCACCAGCGCUCGCCUCUGUUCUACAAUCUACUCUACACGCCUGACCUCGACAACCCGGUGCUGCGGCCGGUGAGCGCCGUGAGCAGCCUGGAGCUGUGGGAGUACUACGUGGGCGAGGAGCUGGCGCACGGCGCGCCCUACGAGCCCGAGCUGUGGCCCGACGAGCCGCCCGCGCCGCGCCGCCUCGUCGUGGCCGGAUACGAUAGUAUAUCGCGCUGCAUGCCGGACGCUUUCACCGGUCUACUGGAGAGGUUGAGGCAGCUGGAGCUGGAGUUAGGACAUCUGCCGCAGAAGUGGCGAGUGCGAUGGGAACAGCUGGAGUUGCCCAACACGUUGGAGUUACAGCGCGCCGCGUCCAUGAGCAGCGGGCUGGUGCGCGUGUUGAGCCGCGCGGCGCACCGGCGCGCCACGCUGGACGUGCUGGCGCGCGCGCGCCAGUGGGGGCAGGGCGCGGGGGCGGGCGGCGCGCACCGCUGGGCGCCCGCGCCCGCCGCCGCGCCCGCGCGCUGCGACCACUGCGCCGAGCUGCUGUGGGGCCCGCUGGGCGAGGGCGCGCGCUGCGCCGACUGCGCCGCGCUGUGCCACGAGCGCUGCGCCGAGCUGCUGGCGGCGCCCUGCGCGCGCCCGCCGCCGCCGCCGCCCGACCGCGAGCGCGGCGCGCCCCUGGGUAGCGUGGCAACACUACAAUCAUCAUCCCAACAAUACUACGAGCAGUUUUCUUCCAACGUAGCGGAGAACCGCACUCACGAAGGACACCUAUACAAGCGUGGCGCCUUGCUCAAAGGAUGGAAACAGAGAUGGUUCGUGCUUGACUCGAUAAAGCAUCAACUGCGAUACUAUGACGCGAUGGAAGAUUCGCACUGCAAGGGGUUCAUUGACUUAGCAGAGGUGCUGACGGUGAGUCAGGCGCCGCCCGCUCCCGGCCCGCCCAAGAAGUGCGACGAUCGCUCCUUCUUCGACCUGCGGACGAGCAGACGAACUUAUAACUUCUGUGCAAGUGAUGCGACCGCGGCGCAGGAGUGGAUCGAAAAACUGCAGGCUUGUCUGCAGUAGAGCCACCGAGGCACAGGGGUUAAGGGGCGCAGGGGUCCAGGGGCACAUGACUGGACACCUCUCGGACCCACUCUCGUUUUGUAUAUUUGUAUUUAAUUUAAAAUUUAUACAAAAUUUUAAUUGAAAAAAAAAUAAAGAUUUAUUUUCCUUGCA